AUGAUAGUGCGACCAAUUAUUACUUAUGGAGCGGUGGUAUGGGCACCGAAAUCAUCGCAAUCGACGGUUAAACUUAAACUGUCGAAACUGCAAAGGCUUGCAUGUGUCUGUAUGACAGGAGCAAUGCGUACCUGCCCGACAGCGGCACUUGAGGCCAUGCUGGAGCUCACCCCGCUGCACCUAGUAAUUGGUCAAGUCGCCAAGCACACUCUGCUUCAAAUGACAGCAGAGGRAACCGGCAAAGGUAAAGUGAUCUCGUCCCAACGUGUGGAAGAGCUAAGCGGCACCAUACCACUGGCACUUCUUCCUAGGGACUGCAUUACCAAAAAGUUAAACUUCACUAAAAAGUUCCAGAUCACCCUCGGCAACAAGGCCGAUUGGAGCGACUCCGCUCUCGAGCUAAUACUCAGGGAUAGCUCGAUCAGGUGGUACACCGACGGCUGUAUUUCGGAGGGAAUUGGUGCAGGGGUCGCAGGACCACGUGCAAAACUCUCCAUACCUAUGGGAAGGUUUCCGAGUAUAUUCCAAGCGGAGGUAUUUGCUAUAAGUCGGUGCGUAGAGCUAAACCUCCAUCGCGGCUAUCGCAACGAACGUAUAGCCAUACUAAGCGAUAGCCAAGCGGCACUCAGGGCGAUCUCAUCAUACGAGGUAAAAUCGCUAUURGUGCAGGAGUGUAUAGAUCGGCUGAAUAGUCUGGCAGAAUGCAACCAAGUGCACCUUAUUUGGGUGCCGGGCCACAAAGGCGUUGCUGGAAACGAAUUGGCCGAUGAGCUUGCCCGCGCUGCAGCAUCCACCAACAUGAUAAGGCCAGGACCCUUCAUAGCGGUAGGUCCCCACACCAUAAAGGAACAGUUCUGCAAGGAUGCAGCAGUGGGAUUAUUGAGUCGGAAUCUUGACGCCAUUGAUUGCAAUCCUAAGGACAAGUCUGUCGCUGUGGAUUUAGUGGGCAAGAGUGUUAGGUUCCGUGCAGAGAAGAAACGAGAAAUAUGGGAGAGAUAA